GUGCCCGGGGCAUAACAUAAACAUCUGUGAAGGUAUCAUUAAUGCUGGAAAGUACAUACAGGUUUUCACCAACUGGAAAAAGGAUUUGCAAAUCAUUACAUUCUGUUUUUGUUUCUGUUUUACGCAGCGUCCCAACUCUUUGGAAUCAGGGCUGUAUAUAAAAACAUGGAAUAUCUACAUACAUGUCAAACAUGUUGCUGUAAAUAUUAAACAAAGAGAGUCAGGUUCUUUCUACGCGCACGCGUCCAAUAAAGCUGAUUCUGAUUUAGAUUCUGAAGUUUGAUUUCCUCUGUCCCCGUUUCUCCCUUGAUCCAACUCUCAAGUCCACUUCUGCUGCAUUUGGGCCGGAAUGCACCAAUUAAAUCGAUUCUCGCCGACUUUGAUCUGCUUCCUUCAAACUGUGCGGAGAUUUCAAAGCAUGUGACGCUCACACUCAGAUCAGGCUCUGCUCCCCCAACAGCAGGGGUGAACACACUUUGCUUCUCUCUCUCCUCUCCUUCUUCCAGUUUCCUCCCUCUCUCUCUUUCUUUCUCCUCCCUCUCCUCCUCUCCUUUCUUCGUGUCAUUUCAAUCCUUCUUCCAUGCUGAGAGGUACAGUAGAGUAGAGCGAAGAAAGAGAAGGAGAGCGAAAUACAGAAAGGAAAAGACACUUCUUCUCAUCUUCAUUUCGAGCUCCUUACAUCUUCGUACCUGUCGCUCGUUUGUUCUUUUAUUUCUUCUUCCUCUGAGCUUUUUUAACGACAGAUGAGAGAUGGGAUGUGGAAAUUCCUCCCCAGCCUCUACCACCACCAACAGCAGCAGCAGCACCGCAGGUCGUGAUGAGUCUUCAUCAAAGGCAUCAGAUGAUCCCGUACCAGAAGACGACAAAUGGAAGAACUAUGGAGGUGUGUAUGUGGGUUUUCCUUCAGAUAUGAGCAACAUUCCUCAAGUACAGAUAGGAUCACUCAGAGAGAGUGACAAAGACUCCCUCAGGAGGCCGCUGUGGGGGAACGGACUCUAAUUUUAAUGAAGAGCUAGGUGCUGAAGAAGGAUAUGUCAGGAAGGAGUGAGAAGAAGGAAGCCUCCAGGUGAUCUUCAGGUCCUCAUUGUUGUCAUCAGGAACCCACCAAGUCUCAAAUGGGAAACAGCAGCACCCAGUGGAUCCAAUCACCUCUCUCAGCGUCCCCCUGUAAGGACUUUAAUGGGAUCAGCUCCACCUGACUACGGAGCCCGUUGCGUUGACCAACUGGUUUAAGACUUUUUAUUAUUUUAAAUGGAAGACCUGGACUCCUAUAAACCAGAGAUGAAGGACGUUUCAAUCCGUGCAUGAAGAGGCAGCAGGUUUUCUAUUCCACUGGGUUCAUUGUGGCGUGCUGCACGUUGUGUAGCUGAUUAAUGAAGUGCAAGCAGCAGGGAGCUACAGUGAAUAUCGGCUGAUUAGCUGUGCUGUAGCUCUCCUCGAUGAGGGCGAGUAGCACUAAAUUAAAGUCGGUAAAAAGGUGAAUAUCAAGCAGGGCUACAUAAAACAUAUAAAAGACUACGUCCAGUGAUAUUCAACAAAUAAAUCCAAUAAAAACACCCAAACCAACAAUGCAUUAAUACAGCUAAUAUCUGUCUGUCUUAUUAUUACAUUACUUAUCAAAAACUAGUCGACAGCUUCCUCCGUUAACGUCCUCUUCGCUCUUUUCACCUCUUGUUAUUAUGCCCGUAGAGGCUUGCUAAUCUUGGUUAUAUUGCCCCAGCUUGCUCGGCUCCUGUUCUGGCACGACACCGGCUCCACUCCCAGUCAGCAUUACCUGGUAACCUCUUCGUCCUGGUGGUCUGAAACUCCCCCCCGCCGUUCUGAACUCACAGUCCGGGCAGCCUGGCUAACAAACUGAGCUAACAGCAGCUCACGGUUCAGAUUCAGGUGUGUUAUUCUAGUAACGGUUAACGCAGUUUGGAGACUAUAGCACUAAGAUUUCACACAGCUCCGUCUGGAGCCACGAAAGGCUUCAAACAAACAUUUGAACACAUGAACGGACCUUGAUGUGUAAAAACUUUGUUAAUUUGUGACGUUUUCGUAAUUAUCUCGCUCAGGUGGAUUCAUAGUGCUGUAAAUGUUUUUUGUAAAAGUUUCUGUCUUUAAAUUUUUACCAAAAAAAAAUGGUAAAGGAGAGUAAAAUCUUUUUAAAUGAUGAAGUGUUUACUUACUUUUUGUGAAAUGUCACAUUUAAAGACAAAUCCAGCAUAAAAUUUGAUCAUUACAUUUCGCAAGUGCCACAAACUGCAGUUCCUCUUGUCCUCCACUUGAGGCUGGCUCCAGAAGUGAGUCAGUCUCCAUAA